AGGUAUCAACAAAGGAAAUUGGCAACAUGGUGAGUCAGCAGUCAUCACAGAGAGACACAAUGCAAUCACAAGCUUCAUCUCGGAGAGGCUGUUCAUUUGAUCGAGUUGGAGAUCUUCUUCCUCAGAAGGAAGAUCCUUCUACCUGGAAAGAUGAUCAAUUUCUUGUGCAGAAUUCAGAGGCAUGCUCGGGUGCAUCUGGAGAAUGCUUGCAGGAUUUCUCGAAUCAGUUUUCUGUUGAUGAUGUUCCAGGGCCUCAGGUUGCAUCCAUAGGAUUGAUGAGAAGCCAGUAUCUUUCAGAUCCUUAUUCCUUUUCAGGGAAUUCAGGAAAACUGCUGGGGACUGUGCAGCAGCAAAAUGAAAGUGUUCAUGUUGUAUAGAAGCCCCAGUGGGGAUUUUUCGCUAGAUGAAGAUGUAUUUAACCCUAUACAUGAGGUUAGGAUCCAUUUUUGAAAUUGCGGGAGCACAUUACUGCAAUUGUUCAUUCUGGCCCUCAUUAAUGUUGUUCAUCUGAAGUUACAACAGUCUGCUGUUUGUACAGUACGAAAGUAGAAGAAAUCUUUAUCUUACUCUAA